GUUUUCUACAUUUCUUCUCUCCGUGGGACUUCACCACUGCCAUCAGGCUUAUGUUUGGCUGUUUAAGACCUCAUGGUGAUCAGCAACCGAGCUCUAUCUUCCACCUCCUCUCUGCUCCUCCUUUCCACGUCUAUUGCCUAGCCUAGAUUCAUCAUAUCAGUGUAGUAGCUGUGAGAGCAACCUGCGUGCACUGGUCGGUAGUCAGGCUGCAGGGCAGCUCGGUUCUCUCUCGGGCAUUCCCGUGCUACUUGCACACCCUUCAUUAUUCUUCAUUUCCCAGUCCAGUCUUUACCCUCACUCACCCCGCUGCCCAAACCCUGCCUGUUGGCGCUUCUUGGUCUGUGCAAUGUCGGGACUACUGACCGACAAAGAGAUCGACGAUGCCGUCGACAAGCUUGCAGCAUUCCGCGCCAGGAGUGCCGAGGAGGAUUUCCUACAGCGCUACGCGGAUCUCCUGACUAGCUACAAACAGCUGAAGAGUGACUAUGAAGAAGAAAAGGCCAGCCGAGAGCGCUAUAAGCAGCUUGCACGCAACCAAGAACGAAGACCCUUCGUGCUGGUUGUUGUCGACGGCGAUGGAUACAUUUUCAGAGAUGAGUUUCUACAACAGGGAGCUGAAGGUGGCUCAAAGGCAGCCCAACACCUCAAUAAUGUACUUAAGAAAAGCCUGCAAGGGAAAGGCCUUGAACAUUGCGACAUCAUGAUCCGCGUCUAUGCUAAUGUCGCCAACUUAUCCCGGACUCUCUCCAAGCACCACCUCGCAACGCCGGAUAAGCGCUCUCUUGCUCCCUUUCUUGCCAAUUUCAACAGAUCAUAUGGGCUUACUGACUUUGUCGAUGCCGGCGAGCUCAAGGAGAAUGCCGACUUCAAGAUACGCGCUCUCUUAAAUUUAUACGCCGACAAUCAUCAGUGCAAGCACAUCUAUUUUGCUGCAUGUCACGAUGUCGGUUAUAUUUCAGAUGUGACUAGAUUUAGAGGGGACCAUAGUAGAGUUACACUUGUUCGAUCAUCUGGACUCCUUUUUCACGAGCAGUUCACCAAGCUUGACCUUGGAAUUGAGGAAUUACCUGGUGUCUUUCGUGCAGUACCUCUUGAAGGACCCCUAUCGUACAACCCAAUACCUAAUUCAACCGUUGACUCGAUUAAGAACACCCCUCCCAGUGGACCUUCUUCAGCUACCAGUACAGCAUAUCAGGCUACCAGUCAUUGGGAACCCCCAAAGAUAUGUCAAUUCUAUCAGUCUGGCAAGUGUCGAUAUGGAGGAGAUUGCAAAAAUGCACAUAUUGAUCCCAGAGGAUACACUUCGGCCAAUUCAACCAAAUCUUCCUAUCUCUCCCAAAUGGGCCACCCGAACAGCUUCGACGUCGAUAUCCUGGGCAGUUUGGGUCGGGGGAAACCCUCACCGACGGCACCACGUUAUGACACAUCACUAUACGAUACACCAUCAGGCCCAAUGUCGCAAUUGAGAAGCGAUCCUACCCAUCAACUACCGAAGAAGAGUGAAAUACCAGACGGCUGCGUAGCCGUGAAUAGAGAUUUACAUCGACUAGAUGCAUACAUACCACCCCCUAGUUCAGCUGCUUCUUCUAAGCUAAGAGAGCUAUCUAGUGUAAGAAAGCUCUGCAACAAACAACAACUGACGAAUUCGUGCCCUAACGAGAACUGUGAAUACGAACACGAGCAAAUACCUGAGGACUUACUGCCAGCACUAGAGUGGUUAUCGCGUUCCCUACCUUGUACGAAGCGGGGCGCUUGUAGGAACGCCCAAUGUGUUCUUGGUCAUAUCUGCCAGAACAUGGAAUGCCAAUAUCGCGGCGGCAAAAUUAAAUGCAAAAUACCAGGGCGCGCACAUUCGAUGGAUCUUGACAUGAAUCAUUAUAUACGCGACGCGGGUCACACUGAUUCAUUCGACAUAGAUAAUGCAGCCACUAGUCCCGGUACCAUUACACCAUCCAACUCGGGCAGUCUUGUGAACCAGGCCCCUGGAGUUGACCCUUGGGACUUUUCCUAGUUGGACACAGACGAGCGACUUGGAAAUGGUCACGAAGUUAAUGGGCAACCAGAUGAGAAUGCUCAAUUACCAACAGCAAAAGCCGACGAGUCGCUUCUUUUCUGAUUCUAAUGAAUGUAAUCGGCGAUAAAUCUCGGCCUUUGCUGACCUACUUAUUGAGCGAUGGAUGAAGAUGAAAAUGUCUUCUUACGACAAAUGAGAGAUAUUCGCUAAACCGAGGGGCAGAGACUAAGCCCAAAAUUCGAGGAGCCUCGUUGACAAAGAGGUAUAAAAUUUUAUUAGCACGAUUUCAUAAGAAACGACGAUGGCUAUUAAGUAGCUACGCGGAAAAUGAGCAAUGAUCAAAAGGAAUGAAUGUAUAGGCCUGGGGGAUCUGCAGAGGCCUUAACCAGAGUGUGUUUUCAGUAAUAAUACAAUCUCAUAUGUGCGUACUUCUAGCACAAUAA